ACCAACGAACUGUCAAUAAACAACGGCCCCCCUUUCACCUUUCCCCUUUCCCCUUUCCCCUUUCCCCUUUCCCUUCCUAUAUAAUGGUACUUGCAGUCCUAAGUCUCCAAGCAGCCAUUACUGCAAAGGCUGCACUCGACAUUGAGCUAGCUAGAUCUGAAAAUAUAUGAAGAAACUAAGUAGCCCACUAGCUUAGUUUGCUACAUACUAUAUAGUUAAUCUUUGUAUUCAAAUCAAUUGAAGUCAGCCGAACAUGGAUCUUGUGGGUAGUUUCUUGAUGAGUGCAAUGACUCUUCUUGUGGCUUUGCUCUGCGUCUUCUUGGUCCUCCCUCCUUUGCUCCUCUACAAGUUCCUGGCUUCUGUCUUCAGACACUUCUCCAGCGAGAAUAUGAAUGGAAAAGUUGUUCUCAUCACUGGCGCUUCCUCCGGAAUAGGAGAGCAAAUGGCUUAUGAAUAUGCGAAGAAAGGAGCUUCGCUGGUGGUGGUUGCAAGGAGGAGGAACCUGUUGCAGCAGGUGGCGGCGAAGGCUCAGGAGCUAGGGUCGCCAGACGUUCUUGUCGCCUGUGCAGAUGUAUCAAAUGCCGAUGACUGUAAGGAAUUUGUCGCAAAAGCAAUCCACCAUUUUGGGCGCUUGGAUCAUUUGGUGAACAAUGCUGGGAUCACUAGUAUCUGCAAAAUCAGAGAUGUCACUGACGCCACAAAUUUCACACCCAUGAUGGAUAUAAAUUUUUGGGGAUCUGUUUACCCAACCUACUUUGCUAUACCUCACCUGAAGAAGAGCAAGGGCAAGGUUGUCAUCAACUCCUCAGUGACUGCAUUCUUGAACCCUCCCAGAAUGAGCUUCUACUGUGCAAGUAAAGCAGCAUUGAUGAGCUUCUACGAGGCGCUGAGAAAUGAGUUGGGACCUACAGUUACAAUAACUAUUGCAACUCUGGGCUUUGUUGAGUCAGAAAUGACCCAAGGGAAGCAUCUGUCCAAGCAUGGGGUUAUUGAAGUUAAUGCAAAGCUCAGAGAGGUGAUUAGGGGGUCAUUCCCGAUCAUGAGCACGGGGGUGUGCGCAAAAGCCAUUGUGGAGGGGGCAUGCCGAGGAGAGAAGAAUGUGACAGAGCCAGCAUGGUGCAAGGUGCUGUUCCUACUCAAGGUACUCUGCCCAGAACUCAUUGAAUGGUACUACCGCAAGUCAUACUUCACCAAAUCAAUCAGCACAUAUGGCAGCUCCACAUCUACAUCCUGGCUGGCCAUAUAGCAAGGAAACAAGCAAGCAUCACCGAUUCAAACCUCAAUAAUUUAUUAAUCCAAGAUAGCUCUCGGAUUUUUCAUCUCACCAUGGUCUUAUUUCCUAUAUAUAGUUAAAUUUCAAAGAAUUAUUGCAUCUCUAUAUGGUCAGUGAUUCAAGAUAUUAGUUUUUAUAGAAUGGCAUGAUUGCUAGCUCCUGCUAUCAGCAAGAAAUAAAACAAUAUCACCGGAUUCUAUA